UUUAAGCCCCAAAUAACUAACCAUCCACAAAACCCUCAUUUCCAGAAAUCAAACCAAGUCAGAUCAACUGUCAACAGCCCACACUCCGGCCAAAUGUCCAGGUUGUGGCGCGGCCUGAAAACGGUGAUCCAAACAUCACCGGCGAGCUCCCUCCAUUAUCACACCAUCCAAGCCAUCCCUCGAGAAUGCACCGGGAGCCGUAUCUCGAGCCGUGAUAGAGCCCAAGGUAGAAUCCCCGCAGUGGUUUUCUCUCAAGGUUUGCUGGAGAAAAACCCAAGCAACCGUUCCCCGUCAAGGAAACAACUUUUGACUACCGAAGGAAAGCAGAUUCGAUCCAUUAUCAAGUCGGUUGAACUCCCUUUCUUUUGUUCCACGACGUUCCAGCUUCAGAUCCGGGCCGGUUCUGGGUCUUCAGUCUUACUUGAAUCCGGGAGAGUUUUACCUAUCAAGAUUCACAGGGACGAGGAGACUGGUAAAAUAAUGAAUUUGGCGUUUGUUUGGGCGGAUGAAGGUACUGAGCUGAAGGUUGACGUGCCUGUUGUUUUCAAAGGAUUAGAGGAUUGCCCUGGUCUUAAGAAAGGUGGCUACUUUAACAGGAUACGAAGUAGUUUGAAGUUUCAAUGCCCAGCAGAACACAUUCCUCUAAAAAUUGAGGUGGAUGUGAGCGAAUUAGAUAUCGAUGAUAGAGUGACGAUGCAUGAUAUCGAAGUUCAUCCAUCCAUGAAGCUUCUAAGCAAGAAUGAAAGCAUGCCUAUAUGUAAGAUUGUGCCGAUGUAUUCCGAAAAUCCCGAGCCCAUGAAGGUAUAACUAAGCAUGAGUCAAGACCAAUGAUGAUAUUUCUUGAUGUGCUGCUUUGAAAUUCCCCAAUAGACAAGACAUUUAAGAAUGUACUUCGAACCGAGCUUGUGCUUUAAAAUUGAAGCCAUGAUGGAAGAGGGUUGUUGCAAUUAACUAUUAUUAAAAUAAAACUGUCAAAUUAUUUA